CAUUGUUGUAAAUACAGUGUGUGUGUGUGUGUGUGUGUGUGCUUCUCUGUCCUGCAGGUGGAGUGUAACUCCAGACUGAACCCCACCAAGACCACCCUGCUCAAGAUGGCAGACUGUGGAGGACUUCCUCAGGUGGUGCAGCCUGGAAAACUAGCAGAGGCCUUCAAGUAUUUUGUCCAGGGGAUGGGCUACAUCCCUCAUGUUGUGUUAAACCGCCUGAGCAGCCAAUCAGUGCCCACAGCUGGUAUGACCCGGCUGGUCCGCUCCAGGACUCACUCGGCCUCCAGCGUCGGCUCCUCGGACGGCGUCCGUAGCCGCAGUACCACCAGCGCACUGCCAGAGGGCGCUACUACCUCCACCAUCCCGGGGCUCACGGCGGACCACGCCAUCGAGAUGACCGCGUAGGACUUCUUCCUGCUCUGUGUUUCUCUCUCUUUACUCUUCGGUUCUUAACUCACAUCUAGCAUCAUGUAAAAGUAGAGACACACCUUUUAACUUUUUCUGUAGAUCCGGCCGCUGUCGUUAGCGGCUCGGUUUCGGCCAUUUUGGCUCCUGUGCUCUUUAGGAUGCUGGUGUUGGUUCUUCUUCUUCUCCCUCUAACCGUACAUGGAGACCAGCUGGUUCUUAUUUACAUACAGUCGUGUCGUAUUUCUUCAGUAGACUGUUUUCAGACCGGAUCAUCAGUUCCUUCUUUUUUAUUAUUACUCUUAUUAUAAUCUUUUUAUUAUUUAGUUAUGGCGUUAUGUUGUUGGCGUUGCUGUGAAGCUCGUUACUGAAACUCUUUCUUCCUACACAUUAAAUUACAGAAACAAAGGGAAUGUUUCACCUCAACAAUAUAUAGGUGAACUUUUAAAAUGUAUUAUGUCGCUUUUAUGGAAGCCCAGAGAGGCAAGUGAGAAAAAACAAAAACUAUUUUCUAAUGACUUAAGAAUGAGAAAAAGGUUUAGCUAGCAUUACUUUUUUAAGCUAGCUUGUUUGGGAGGUAAAGUUGUUUUGUUAUUGUUUGUUGUUGUAAUACUAACUACGGCCACAAGAGGCUGAAGUGCACAUUACCUCAUGUUUUAAUUAGAGAUUUAAUGUUACAUAACUUGCUGACAGACGAUACAUUUACUUUGUGUUUAGAUUAUAUGGAGAAAUUAAAACUCAUCUGGAGAAAACAUGACAGCUUUUAGUCUUAAUUAGAACAUAAAGUAGUGAUUCACUUCAGCCUCUUGUGGCCAAAAUGAGUAUUACAACAACAAACACUAAGACUUUUACCUUUUAUAUUUCAAAAAACGACAAAAAAACAAUUUAAAAUCAGACUUUCAAACAUAUUAGCAGAUUGUUAUUUUCUUUGUAACUUGGCUGUUGGCUGAGUUAACAGAUAAAUCUUGAAGAUCUUUGUCAUGUGGUCCAGACUUCAGAGGUGAUUCAUAAAACUAAAAAUCAUUUACAGAUUUUAACGUCUUCCUCUGAUGGGGACCCUGAAAAGAGACCCGUCACCCUCUCGUGUUCCUCUUCCGUUACCGUACAUGUUAUUAUUAUCGGUCGAGUCCGUCGGCAGCAUGCUCGUUGCUCGUUGUGGCAUGCGGUGUUUCUAACGUGGUGUUGAGUCUAGUGAGGAACUGAGAUGUUGAUCAGCUCCACGUGACAUUAAUCCAACAGUUAGAGCGUCAGUUGUUUGUUCAGCAGGCUCGUUGAUUAUUGAUUAUCAGACGGACUGAUGAGCUCCUAUAUGACAUCGAUUUUUGAUGAAUUGCACUUUAAACCGUCGCUGUGAGAGGACGAUGACAGACGGGUCGAUGUGUGUUUUUAAGAGCUGUCACAGCAGCUGAUGCCCCCCCGCUGGAGGAACUAAAUCCUGUUUUUUGUUUAGCAGCCCUUCACAUCGACGGCGUAUCAGAGGCUUUGUCAAUGAAUGAAGUUGUAUAUUUAUACAUUAAUUAUGGAGCUGGUAAUAUUCAGAGAAAGAACUGAGAUUUAAGUUCUUCUGAUGAUGAUUCUUGUAAAUGUGACUUUAAUCUAAACUUUUCUCUGAAUAUCACCUUUUCUUUCAUACAAUAACUUUAAUGCUCCGUCAUAUAUUAGGAUUUAUAGUUUUUAAAAGUUUUCCUGAAAACAAAAAGACGAGUUCACGUUAUAAACUCUGGUUCAAACAUGUAGUUAUUUUAUUCUAUACACACACAUAUACACAUACACACUAACUGUAACUCUGCUGUCUGUUACUGUUCUUAAUAUUUAUUACGAGUAUUACUUUUUGAGAUUUGUACUGAGAGUAGCUGUUUGAGGUUUGUUGUUCAUGACUUUGAAUGUAAACUAGGUUUGUAAUGAAAUAAAGCUCGUUGAUCCUGAA